UGUCGCUUCUUCUCUAUUAUCACUGGUAAAAUGGCUAUCUCUGUCACUGCCAGUUUUCGCCCAAAUUCUUCACCAUCUUCUUCAGGCAUACCUUGCAAAUACGCAGGCCAAUCAGUGAGAUCGCUUCCGAUACGCAUAUUAUGGGUCGGGAAGAAGAGAUCGCAAGGAGUACAAUUCGUUUUCAAUGAGUAUAUCGAAAAACUCAAGCUUUAUUGCACUGUCGAUGACGUUCAGAUACGGUCCAAUCCUAAAAAUGCACGUGACCGGAAGGUUCAGGUUGAGGAUGAAGACAAUGCUGUCAUGAAUCUUAUCAGGUCGAGUGAUUGGGUUGUGCUGUUGGAUGAGCGUGGCCAAGACAUAGGAUCUGAGCAGAUGGCUGAUUUAUUGGGGGAUGCUGGGAAUACGGGUGCUGCAGGAUUAUCCUUUUGCAUUGGUGGACCUUAUGGUCAUGGACGGAAACUGCGGGAACGUGCUAACUUAUGUAUUAAGUUGUCAUCUUUGGUCUUUAAUCAUCAAAUUGCUUUACUUGUGCUUGUUGAACAACUGUACAGGUCAUGGACCAUUCUGAAAGGACAAAAGUACCAUCACUAGCUUUGCAUCUCUACAAGCACAACUUACAGGUAGUGAGGUGAGGGGUGAGACUGCAGCUUUCAACUACCAACUCAUGCCACGGCAGGUACCAUCUGGCUCAAAGGAGCACUUUUAUUUGUUCCGGACAGGGUUUCAACCCAGUCUGUCGAUUUUUGAUCGGUUAAAACGCUUCCUGAAGCUCAUAUAUUUCAAAAAAAAAAAAAACUCGGAUCAACAUUUACAUAUAAACUUAAAGGGAGCAGAUUUUGAAUAGGCAUUACGUAGCAUUUUCCGGAUUUAAGGAAAAGCCCAGAGGCAGAUUAAAUGAGAAAUA